UGGCAACACUGCCUGGCCUAUCGUAUCCAAGGAGGCGGGGAAGGAACGUAACAGCGGAAAAUUCAAAAUGAAUAUGGCGGCGGAGAAUGAAGCGAAAGAAAACAAACAAAACGGAAGAAAGACAGGACCUUCUCAAGACCCUACGUCCCAGUCGGUCAUCUUUAACCCUGACUUCUUUGUGAGGCGUCUGAAACAUGAACAUCCCCAGGUCUUCACGGAGCUGAUCCUCAGCAACAUAACCAGGCUCAUAGACCUGCCUGGGGAUGAGUUUGCCCAGCUCACGGGGGAGGCGGACCCUAGACUUCCAACCGCGCAAACCAGCUUCCUACGUUCUCUCAAUUUCCUCAAACGCAAAGACAAAGGAGUGGUGUUUGGUGCACCUUUAACUGAGGAGGGAAUAGCACAGAUCUACCAGCUGAUCGAGUAUCUCGGCAAGAACCUCCAUGUGGAGGGCCUGUUCCGUGUGCCUGGCCACAGCCUGAGGCAGGCAGCCUUGAGAGAGAUGCUGAAUGCUGGGGCAGAGAUAGACCUGGAGACGGGUGACUUUCACCCUAAUGAUGCUGCCACCCUGCUCAAAACCUUCUUAGGAGAGCUGCCUGAACCCUUGCUAACACACAGACACUACCACGCUCACCUGAAGAUUGCAGGCCUGACCCGGUUUGAUGCCCAGGGGAACCCGACCUCGGCGCCGGAUAAGGAGCGUCAGAUCGAGGCCUUCCAGCUGCUGUUUAUGCUGCUUCCUCCAGCCAACCGCAGCCUGCUCAAGCUGCUCCUAGACCUGCUGUACCACACCGCUCGCAACCAGCACGUCAACAGGAUGUCCGCCCUCAACCUGGCUACCAUGGUGGCUCCACACAUCAUCUGGCCCAAACACGUGCAGGCCAGUGACCUCCAGGGAGACGUCGGUAAGCUGAACAACGGAGUGGCUUUCCUCAUCAAGCACUCACAGAAGCUCUUCUGGGCUCCGGGGUACGUCAGAGAAUAUGCCCGCAUCCAUUUCACAGGAUCAACUAAGUCCAAGUAUGACCUGGCUCUGUGUGGCGGGAGUGUGGAGGCCACGCCCUCUUAUGCGGGUGGGGGUGGGGCCACGUCCAGGCACACUCAGCUGGCCCUCAGAGAGCUCUACCAACAAGUCAGCAGCUUGCCUGAUUCUGCCAAGAAGAAGAAACUCAUCAGACAGUUAGCUAAGCAGGUCCCUGGGACACCAGUGAGUGAUGAGUUAAACCGGAAACCGAGCCGCACGCGCCCCUUUAGGGGAAUCAAGAGGGGCGUGUUUGGUUCCCCAGGUCCAGUGGAGAAAGCGUGCAGCCCCGUUGGACUGGUGACUCCAGGACCCAGCGACACAGCGGGCAGGCGGGGGAAAGAGAAUAUGAGCUCUGGAAGGGAUUCAUCACCUCCUAAAAGGAUGUGCUUCUCUCCAACACAGGAGACUUCGGUCUAGCAGUCACCUCUUACCCACAGGACGUUCUUCUCUCACUUAAAGACAACAUCUCGUUCCCUAACAUGGUUUAAAAUGAAUCUUUUAUCAAAUGAAAUACACGUGUGGUUUGUAGUUUACAAGCCAAAUUACGUGUCAAGUGUCUUAAAAGUCAUACAUGCUUGGUGAAGGUGCCAAGCACUAGUUAUAAAUGUGAUGUAUUUUAAAUUCCUCUCAUUCUAUUCAGGAAAGACGAGACAUCUAAUUUCCAUACGGUCAUUGAGGUCAAGUAGAGUUGGGGAGACUGACUGAAGCAACUUAUCCCAACAAAACCUCGACCCAUGACAAAAUGGUACAUUAGUCAGAAUAUAGGUUGGUAGGAGUGAACCGGGUCUCUCUGGAGUUUAUGAUGCAUUGAAAACAAAAAUAUGUAUGUUUCAUGUAUUUCAAAGGAUUGCCAUUUGAUUGACUUUCGAUGUUUAAGUUAUGAGUUAAGUGUCUUUUAAAAUGAAAUGACUAGUAAAUGAGUGGUAAAGUGACAACGGGCUGCGAUUAAUAAUUGAAUCUUAUUUAAGCCUGGAAGUCCCAGGGAGAUCCUGACUAAUGUGUUCCAAAUGUGUGAAGCUGUGGAGGCAGCACUGUUAUGGUUCUGUUUCCACUGCUGAGUGAUGGAUGGCUGUGAAAGAACAAUGGCGUAAGAGAUGAGUGAAAUUCAAGUCUUCAAACUGAUAUGCAGAGCUGUGACUAAGGUUUUUCCUGGUCAGUGUGUAGGAAAAGCUGGCGUGCCCUGAAUGUUUGAGGCCUAAGGUUUUGGGGCUAUAGUUAAUGUGGUCUGGUGUUGUCAUAAAUGGUGUGCCAACGUUUAUUUUCUGGGAGUGCUUCUUUUACCAAAGUUUGAAUCUGUCAAUGCUGUGAUUUUCUAUUUAAAAAAAAAAGUUUUUGCUUCUGUGUUAACUUUUUUUUAUUUCUUUUUGCACUUUUCUCAGUGCAAUAAAUGUUUUUUAAGGCCUGUUUUAUUCUUUUGUAAUUUACUUUUCCAUGCUGAUGUUUAAUUCUUUAUUUUAUGGAAUAUUUAUUUUUAUGCUGUUACAAGCCAUUGUUUCCUAUGCAAUCUGUGAUGCCAUGUAGUCUGAAUGGGAUUUGAUCAAAUGUUUUGAUACAUCUUAUGCCAGUAUUGGAGCUCUGUUACCUGUCCUCUGUUUCAGUUAGUAGACAUUAUGAACUGACUUGUGACCACAGAUAUUCCCACAAAUCCUCUACUGACAUUUCUGUGGGAAUUUGUAAGAUGUCAGGGUUUCCUUUUCUUGUGGCAACGCUUAAUUUUGUAUUUCUCUUAGCGUCAGUGGCAUUAGCCCCUCAUGCUCUGAGCUUCGGACCUACGUCUGUUAGCUUCAGAGCUCUGUCUGAUUGGCUGUUAUCUGUGAACGUUGUUGGUGUUAAUGCUGCUUAUGUUGAGAUAUACAAAAACUGCCAUUAAAAGAAAAUCAGACCUAUAUUUCUGGUUCUUAUUGAUCUUGUGAAAUAUUUAGAGGCAAUUUUAUGAACUCUCAUAAUGUUAUGCUGAAGAUCAACUGUCUAUUAAAGCUUCAGAACUAGUCAGUCGGGUUUGUAGUGAGUUUAGUUCCAAUGUUAACCACAAGAUGGAGCUGUUGAGAUGCAAAUGCUCAGCCUUGUGAUGAUUUAAAACUACUUAGCUGGAAGUUUAUUUUUCU